GCGAAGGCGUUCAAGCGAUGAGAGCCGUUGUUUAUUAAGUACGUUCUUGACCUCAAGCGCUACACAAGUAUACGAGAAGUGUUUGCCCGAAUAGCUAAAUCAACGCUACUUGAAAACGUGUUAACAAGGCCGCGGGAGAGAAGAGGACCGCGACUUUUACUAUUAAAUUCAAGUGAAAACUUCAAGCGACUUCUUAGAUUGACAGAUACAAGCCAUUAAGCAAUCACACGAGUCCGUUCAUCUCGGAGCUUUUCAGCGAGACACUUUUAAGCCGCCUACGACAAACGGGAAACAUAGAAAAAAACACACGAUGAGAGCGCGCGUCUGGCUUCUCUCUUUUGUCUCUUUCAUCGUUCUUGCUGCGAUAGACGGGCGCAAAAAGACCAGGCAACCCGGUAACGAAGCUGCCUUGAGAUUUUGUUCUUGGCUCAAGGAUCCUCAACUAAAGAAGUGUAAAGAGGAACCGUUGCUUGGCUUGAGCGCUCGGGACGGUGUCGAACUGGGCCUAAAAGAGUGCAGGAGUCAGUUUACUGAUCGCCGAUGGAACUGCUCCGGCGUUACGAUCGCAGACGUUUUUCAAAGAGAAAGAAUGCUCAAGACGAAUACCAGAGAGAGUUCGUACCUGAACGCUAUUGCCGCUGCAGGCGUGGCCUACCAGAUAACCAAGGGCUGCAGUCUGGGUGACUGGGAUGUCUGUAACUGUGCUUCUCAGCCUCAAAAAAGGGGCCAGAAAGCUGGGGAAGCGAGCUGGGAAUGGGGCGGAUGCUCCGAGGACUUUGGAUUCGGCAGCAGAUACUCNUCAAACAUAAUCUUCUUUAAUUUAAUUAAUCAAAUGGCUAUAAAAGACAAUAUGGGCAAGAGUUGCAAAUGUCACGGUGUCUCUGGCUCGUGUACUAUCCGAGUGUGUUGGAAAACCAUGCCGAAGAUGGCGCAAGUUGCCUCCGAACUACGACGAAGGUUCGAUAGCGCGCUGAAGGUUAAACUAAACAGAAGCAAAACCAAGCUCACGAGACUUUCUCGCGGACGACGAGGACGAAAGAGGAACACGAACAACCGUCGACCGUCGCCUUCAAGUCUCGUCUACGCCGUCAACUCACCGGACUUUUGCAAAGCCGACGACAGGUAUGGAAUUCUGGGUACGGUAGGAAGAACGUGCAAUAAGACAUCGGAAGGCACGGACGGUUGUCGCCAGUUGUGCUGCGGCCGGGGAUAUAACACUGCUAACAAGGUGGAUGACGUCAAAUGUAACUGUACUUUUAUCUGGUGUUGUCACGUCAAGUGUGAUUGGUGCAAAAAAGAGUGGAUCGAACAUACUUGCAAGUGAGGCGUAAUGACGUCACUAAUCAGGAAUAAAUUAUUAUGGAUUAUGUUCAAAGGGCGUCACGGAUUUUUAAAAUGUGCAAUUAGUCGGUUGGAUUUUUAUUUUUUCAUUGGCCGUGUCGGAUACGGUGCUGGGAAAGCAGCUAUGAAUGAUUACACCAGAAGUAACAAAGGGUAGCUUACCACUUUCUACAAUAAUUCAAAGACAACAAAUCAUCACCGACACACUUUGACAUCGCUUGUGGCUACUGUGAGUCAUGGCUUAGAUCUCUAUUCACGCGAUGCUUAAACGUUUCACUUGGAAAUAGAGAAUCGAAGGCUUUCUUCUAGUUGCUCACUCGUAGGAACAACAGCGUUUUUAGCCUUUCAUUGGAUAGGUUUUGCUUGACAGUGUACAUAUUUAUGAGAACUUUUAAAGAACUGAAUUGUAUGAAAAAUGACUGAAUUUUUCACCUCCCCCAGCAAGAUUCUCCCCUGUAAUUCUAUCCGAAUAAGUCCGGGGAAUAGGAGCCUCUUCGCUGAAUUCAAUCAAAUAAGACUAAUGAGGCGACAGCCUUUUACCAAGUUGCUAAUGUAGUGGCCAGGUUAUACUGCUCACAAAAGCAUGCGUACGUCAGUAUGACGUCAUAUUGCUUAGCAACGUCUCGAACGAAAAACGCAGGCUCAGCCGUAGUGGUGCUUAUUCCCCCGACUGUUUCCUGAGAAACCUCGGCCAGAAGCAAACUAAUUAAUAUGCACCUUGUACUUUUCUCACAUGACGAGAAAUACACGAGCUUGUUACGAUAUUGUGGAGAAGAAUGAGAGCGGGAAAGACUCUUUUCAAGUGGAAACAAGCGUUGUGAUUCUCGCGACUUGUAGAGCAUUUGUUUUAAUUGUAUGUCUUGAGGUUUGUAACUUACACAAUGCAAAUAACUUCUAAUUAUAUAAUUAUUUCUAUGUAUACAAACCUUUCUUAUUUAUAAAAUGACACCGUAGAGAGAAAAUCAGUGUUUGAACAUAUUGUAUUGUAGAGGACGACUUUUUCGAAAACACGAAAGUCCAACAGUAAAGAAAUAAAAAACAAGUCCUGAGUUGUGA